AUGCGUCUCACGCCGUGUGAGGUGGAUAAACUGGGCGCGCUCGUCGCCGCGGGGCGGUUGGCCCAACGACGGCUCGCGCGUGGAAUUCGCUUGAAUCACCCAGAGGCCGUGGCGUUGAUCGCGAUGCAGUGCGUGGAGUUCGCGCGAGAUCCAAAUUUCGUGAUACGCGGCGAUGCGCGCGCGCUGACGGCGGCGGAGGUGCAGGAUUUGGGAAAACGCGUGCUCGGACGACGACACGUGCUCGAGGGCGUCCCGGAACUCGUGGGCGACGUGCAGAUAGAGACGACGUUCGACGACGGAACGAAGUUGGUGACGAUUCACGAUGCGGUAUGUGCGGAUGAGGUCGAUCUCGAGCUCGCAUUACUGGGAUCUUUUUUGCCGAAACCGAACGCGGAGGCGUUUCCGCCGGCGGCGAAGGAGAAGACGCCAGCGCCGGGGGAGAUUUGUACGUCGAAGGAUUCUUUAGAACUCCUGGCGGGAAGGCUGAAGCGAAAAUUAAAGAUAACGAACACGUGUGAUCGACCGAUUCAAGUGGGAAGCCACUAUCACCUCAUCGAGACGAAUCGGUUUCUGAAGUUUGAUCGCCGGCGAGCGUACGGAGCGCGUUUGGCAAUUCCGAGCGGCACGGCUGUGCGAUUUGAGCCGGGAGAGUCGAAAACCGUGUCUGUGGUGGAUAUCGCGGGUAAAAGGGUCGUCAAAGGUGGGAAUAACUUAGUGAAUGGACCCGCAACCGCAGAUAGAUUAGAGGAAGUCAUGAAACGGGUGAUUGAUGGCGGAUUCGGGCACGCCGAAGCUGACGAUUUGGGUGAAGGCGAGGCAUUGAUGAUCCCGAGACAGAAGUACGCGCACAUGUACGGGCCCACAGUCGGCGAUCGCGUACGAUUGGGAGACACGAACCUUUACAUCACCCCCGAGCGUGACUUGACCAUGAAAGGUGAAGAAUCUAAAUUCGGCGGCGGUAAGACGCUUCGCGAGGGGAUGUCGCAGCAGGCGGGCGUCGGCGACGCUGAUUCGCUCGACACCAUCAUCACGAACGCACUGAUUGUCGAUCACAGUGGUAUCUAUAAAGCUGACAUCGGCAUCAAAGAUGGUCACAUCGUCGGUAUAGGUCACGGAGGGAAUCCAGACAUCGCCGACGUGACGCCUGGGAUGGUUGUCGGCGUGAAUACCGAAGCCAUUGCCGCGGAAGGGUGCAUUGUCACCGCCGGAGCGCUAGACACGCACAUUCACUACAUCUGUCCGCAACUAUGUGUUGAGGCUGUCGCUAGUGGUAUCACGACCCUCCUUGGUGGCGGUACGGGACCGGCAUCGGGAACAUGCGCGACCACAUGUACGCCCUCCGCUGCGCACAUGCGGUUCAUGCUCGAGACAACGGAUACGCUACCACUCAAUUUCGCGUUCACUGGCAAGGGAAACACCGCGUCGCCAGAAGGUCUGCAUGAAAUCAUUAAAGCUGGUGCUGUUGGUAUGAAACUACACGAGGAUUGGGGCACAACACCGGCGGCGAUCGACAACUGUCUCACCAUUGCAGAGGAGUACGACGUCGCCGUCACCAUUCACACCGAUACGCUCAACGAAUCAUGCUGCGUUGAAAAAUCUAUCGAGGCGUUUAAGGGUCGCACCAUUCAUACGUAUCACUCAGAAGGUGCUGGUGGUGGCCACGCGCCGGAUAUUAUCAAGGUUUGCGGUGAAAAAAUGGUCCUUCCUUCAUCCACGAACCCAACGCGGCCAUACACAAAAAAUACCGUGGACGAGCAUCUGGAUAUGCUCAUGGUGUGCCAUCACCUCGAUCCUGAGAUCCCAGAAGACGUUGCGUUCGCCGAGUCACGCAUCCGUGCGGAAACUAUCGCGGCCGAAGAUGUGCUUCACGAUAUGGGUGCGCUCAGUAUCAUGGCGAGCGACUCGCAAGCCAUGGGACGGGUCGGAGAAGUCAUUCGCCGCACGUGGCAAACCGCGCACUCCAAUAAAGAACAGCGUGGUUUUCUUGAAGAGGACGCAAAUUCCGGUGCGGACAACUUCCGAGUCAAACGGUACGUGGCGAAAUAUACGAUCAAUCCUGCCAUAGCUCAUGGGAUGUCGCACAAGGUAGGGAGUUUGGAAGUGGGCAAAUUCGCCGACAUCGUCAUCUGGAAACCGGCGUUCUUCGGCGCCAAGCCAGAAAUCGUCGUUAAAGGCGGACAAAUUGCAUGGGCACAGAUGGGUGACCCAAAUGCAAGUAUUCCGACCCCUGAACCUGUCAUCAUGCGAGGAAUGUUCGGUUCGCUGAAACCGGGGAAGACUUGCAUAGCGUUCGUCAGCGCCGCUGCCGCCGCCGCAGAUGUCGGCACCGAGUACGGUCUUUAUAAACGUGUUGAGGCUGUGGUCAAAUGUAGAGGCCUGAGCAAAGAUGAUAUGAUUUUGAAUAACGCGUGCCCGAAGAUUGAAGUCGAUCCAGAAACAUACGAGGUUCAAGCAGACGGUGUCGUGUUGAAAAGUCAGCCCGCGCAAGAGCUGCCUCUAGCGAGAAGAUACUUUAUCGUGUGA